AUGGACCUUGCUUGCCCACCUUCCAAUGCUGGUUGGAGACUUGGAAAAGGGAAUGAUCCCUUCAUAUCCCAGGCCAGUCGCGAGAGCAAAAACGGCGCCACACCGGAGGAGUUUAAGGUUCCCGGUCUCAAUGUGUCGCCCUCACUGCAAACCCUGCAGAAACACAUUGACACAGGCUUGGCCUAUGGCAAGGACAUCUAUCGUUUGCCCGUCCUGACCGAAAAUGCCGACGAAGAAGAGGCUGAAGAUGAGGACGUGGUGGCCGAGAGUCCCAAGGCCGACGAUGCUCGGGGCGCCUUGCCCGGGCAAGGCGCCCCCUUUGGGAUGGGCCGUCGUCUCGACGUCAACGACGGCCGUUUGAAGGGCAGAGAAAAUCUCUUGGGCCUUCCGGGUGCUCUUGCCUCCACCUUAUCGAUCCCUGGUUCCGCUGCCGGUUCUCGCAUGGGCUCGCGGAUGAGUUCGCGGGGGAGCACCCGAAGUCAUGCCUCCUUCGCGCCUACCGGUAAGGAGGAGGGCUAUCGGACGGAUUAUUACAACAUCCGCCGCUCCUGGAUUUGGUCCGAUGCCAUCAGCACGCACUCAGAGGAAGAGGAAGAAGAUCGGAAGGGGCAAUCUGAAGAGGAUGCCCUCUAUGCUCACACGUGCAUGGUCUCGAAAGGCGAGUACCUCACCAGUAUGUUCCUGGAACCUGAGAUCAUUCAGAUGGUCUGGAUGUAUUUCGAUAGAUUUGAAUAUUUGUUUAGCGUCUAUAUGGACACCCCCACCAACUCUUUGAUCACACCGGGGGCAAGUGAUGGCCACAUGUCCAACGAGGCAUUUCUGCAGUUCUGCAUUGAUUUUCAGCUCUUUCCUCAGAUCAUCGACUUCAACUCUUUGAAUUGCUACUACCAGUCAGCUGAGAGCAUCAUCGAACUCACGCGCGAAGAGAUCAAGAAAUGCACCGCGACGUUGGAAAGCCGCGGUUGUGGUUCGGUGAGAGAGCUAGGUACUCACAAAGCCCAGGGCUCAGCGCGUCCCGGUGACGAAAAAGAAGCAAGCUUUCAAGUUGGAGAUGUGGUAGAGCUUCCUUCCUUUUUGAAAGCAGGAAAGAAAGGUGGCAAAGUCAGGCCCGGAGACCCAUUGAAGAUCAUAGCUGUGGACUGCUCCGACGUCGAUGCGGAAGCGGUUCUGGUGAUGACUGCUCGAUUGAAGAAGCUGUGGGUGAAAAUGGGUGCCAUCAAAAAGGCAGAAAAGAACUUCGUCUCCUCCGACAAAGCGAAGGCCACGGCCAAGGUGGCGUCAAAGGCCACAUGGAUUAACAAGAGCUUUGAAGAGAUGACGGAGAACGAAAAGAGAAGUUUGACAAUCCUCUCGAGUUUUGCGGACUACAUGACAAGUCGCAAGGUUCGAGCGAAGGACUUCUUCAGCAAGUUCGACGAAUCGGGGGACGGACAGAUCGACUCGGAAGAGCUGAUGAAAGGU